AUGGGACGCUGCAACAAUCGUAGAACCCAGCAAGCAGCUCAGGAGUUGCGUAACACUCCGUCUCGAGCUCGGUUUUCUUCAGGACCUCCCAAUAAACGCAAGGGCAAGGGUGGCAGAGGAGGUGGCCGUGGUGGUGGUAGGGGAAACAGUAAUAAUAAUACUGCCGCCAAAACUUCGGUGGUGGAAAAGUUAUCCAAGCGAGUGGAGCAAAAGCAGGCGCCACAAUCCACCACCAAAAUCACGACGAGACGUCAUCCCCUGGCCAAUGUGGAUAUCAGCAAGUUGGAUGAACUGGUUCUGCCCGAAGAGUCGCUGCAAGAAGUGAUGAAGCUCUUGUCCGAUCUCAACGUCAAGGUGGUAGAAUCAGUGACACAACAACAAAAAACGGCACUUCCUCGGACUGACAGUAGUGAAAUAUCUCUGGUGCCUACGGAGCAAGAAGAAGACGACAGCCUGAAUGGCGAGGAGGAGGAUGACAUGGAAUCUGGCUGGAGUCCACCACUUCUAGAGUCAACAACAACAACCAUCAAAGAACCACAAUCGACUGAGAGACGGACAGGAGGAGGUGGUGGUUAUUCCGAAUAUGAAGAUGAUGGUGCCGAAGAAUAUCUACAUGCAUAUGGUCCGUCUGAUGUGGAUGAAACAGCGUGGGAUGAUAUUAUAGAGGAAGCAGACCCACAAGUCAGGAGACUUGCUCAAGCCAAGGCACGCUUCCAGAGGGAUCCUGUUUUCAUUCACUUGUAUUCUCGCUUGUCAUUUUCGGAGGAAACAGCUCUGAAGGCAUGUCUAGCUAUUGAAGACAUGAUAUCCGACAACCCACAAGACGACAGCAAAUCUUCAUCAUCAGCAGCAGCCGACGCCAAGUUGGGAAUCGGAGACCCAAUUGAGCGAAAACGACAAGGAGAAAAGAUGGCACUUGCCAUGGAUUGGUUGUGUUUGCACUUGGACGAAGAAGAGCUUACACAAGGAUUCAAAACAAACGCAAAAAUGACAUCACCCAUCAUUCUCAUGGGAACGGGGAGGACCAAGCCCAUUCCUCACCCGUCCAUUUCUGUGGCAAAGAAGAUAACCACGGAUAGAGAUUGGAAAAAGGGCAUUUUGACACAAGAGAAAGUGAUGAAGUUUCUUGCUCUGGGAUUCCAACAUGGGGAAGCCUAUGAUGCUUUCAAACAAUAUACAGUGGAAGAGCUAGAAGGAGAAUCCUCCUCGGCAAAGAAGGCACUGGAUGAUGACGGUGCAUUGAGAAUGUUGUUGUCUUCUCUAGAGAAAGAAACCAUGGAAACAGACGGAAUUGCUACGGAGGAUGCUGUAGAACACACCAAGGGGGACCUGGACUAUGCAGCUUCCGAACGCGCCGAAGAGGAGGAAGCACUUGCUGCCAUUUACGACGAUCAGUUUCAGAUUGACAAGGGCGGCAAGAAUAACACUGCUCCAGGUGAAUACCGCUAUCGGAUUGCGAUCACUCCUUCAGAGCCACUUCGAGAACCGGCACGGUCAGAUAACUGCACCCUGCAUGUCUUUGUGAGGCCCGGCUAUCCUGCCUUUGAAACACCAUUACUCUUGUUCCACAACCCAACAUUGCCACCAUCACUCUUGCGUCGCAUCAAUGUAGAGCUGAUUCGCCAAGUACAGCAGACCAUGGGGGCGCCGGCCAUCUUUGAGGUUGUCAACUAUCUCUCAUCCGAGCUUGCAUCGUUGCAGCAAGACUUUACAAAAGAACAGCGAUCCAAGGAAAUGGAAGCGGAACAACUACGUUUACGACGCGAGGCUGGCCAUGUGAUUGAUGAGGAGGAAUAUGACUCGGAAGCCAAGCUAGGGAGGCGACAACGAGCAAAGCUCAAGGCGGCAGCCAAGGCCUUUGACCAGCCAGAGCAAGCACAACAGGCCGAGGUGGAACGACAGCAACGGCAAAUGCAACGCAUUGAACGAAUCAAAGUAGAAGAUAAAAACAUUCGACAAUCAAUGGCCGAGAGGGCGAUCGAGAAACGAGAGAAGGAACGCCAGGAACAGGAGAUUCAGGCUGUCUACAGAGCUGCCAUGAGCGAUUCAUUGAAUAGUGGCGAUUCGGUCGAGAAGGCGCGAGAAGCUGCUGCCAAAGCCAAAACGGAGUAUCUUCGUGAGCAUGGGCUUCUGAAGGAAGAGGAACCAAAGCCAAAUGAAACUGAAACUGUAAAAGUAUCUCAGGGUGGACAGAUUGACAAAGAUGGUGGGGGAAAUGAUGGGGAUACCAAUGGGGAAGAAAAGAAGGAAGACAUGCCCAACUCAACUCCAACAACUGCGGCCUUCAUGGAGCGUUUGAGAGAAAUGUACGCUGCAGCGGCCAAAGAUAAAGCCGAGGGCAAAGAUCCGAAAGCUCGGUCUUCAAAAGGAAAGAAGAAACAAGAUCUGGAUGCGUACCAUUUGAACCCUCCCCAACUGCAUGAUUCGGCAGCAGAAGACACCACUGAAGUGCUUGAUGAAGGGUUGCGGUUUCCUAGACCGGUGGCAGUACCGGUCGGCGAUCUAGCUCGGGUCAUGGAGGACGUUAUCGCAACUCAGAAAGAUCAACCGUGGCUAGUGGCAUCUGAGGCCAGAGCCCCGGACACCACUUCGGCCGAGACGGAUGAUCACAAAUCAACACAAAAGUGUCGCGACCUUAGCCGCCAGCUGAAAGACGAGAACCAAAGAAAGUACAAAGCAGCAACAGCAUGGAGACAAAAGAAUGGCUCAGGUACAGGCAAUAGGUCGCACGGAGGGAAGAAGGGUUUCUCCCCUCAACAAUUUGACAAAAUGCUUUCGCAACGGGAGCGGCUUCCUGCCUUUUUUAUGAAAGACAACAUCAUCAACACGAUUGCGGAGAACCAAGUUACCGUAGUAGCUGGUGAUACAGGCUGCGGGAGCGCCGAAGCAAACAUCAUUGUUACGCAGCCAAGGCGCAUUAGUGCUAUUGGUGUCUCAGAGCGCAUUGCUGAUGAACGUUGCGAACGUGUGGGAGAGACAUGUGGAUACUCCAUCAUGCUGGAAAGGAAAACCUCACGAAAGACACGAUUGCUUUUGUGUACUACAGGAAUCCUGCUACGGCGCCUUCAAUGUGACCCUGACCUUGCAUCAGUCUCACAUGUCUUUGUAGAUGAGGUGCACGAGCGCGAUCUCAAUACAGAUUUCCUUCUCAUUAUUCUAAGAGAGCUAUUGAGCCGGAGAAAGUCUCUGAAACUGGUGUUGAUGUCCGCAACGUUGAACGCAGAAGCCUUCUCAGACUACUUUGGUGGGUGCGCCAUCAUCUCCAUCCCGGGUCGAGCUCAUCCUGUGAAAGAGUACAGGCUUGAAGACGUCUUACAACUGACUGAAUACGAGGUAGAAGAAGGCUCUGAUUAUGCUUUGAAGGAGAAGGAGCCAAAGAAGUUUUCGAAGUCUGCGCUCAGAAAGAUGUACUAUCCGAAAUACAGCACGCAAGUCAUCCAUUCCCUGUCUGUCGUCAACGAGAAUGUCAUAAACUACGAGCUACUUGCAGAAUUGCUAGAGAAGUUAUCUCAGAAUGAAACCGAAGGAGCUAUUCUCGUGUUUAUGCCUGGUAUGAUGGAAAUCACGAAAGCAAUCGAGGAAGUGCACAAGAAGCCCUUCUUUCAGUCUCCAGCGGUACGGAUACAUCCUUUGCAUUCGUCUCUCUCUACCAAGGAGCAAACAGCUGUCUUCGAUGUCCCUGAAGCAGGCGUGCGUAAGAUUGUAAUUGCUACAAAUAGUAAGUGGACUUUUGCCGAAACAAGUAUUACAAUUGAAGACGUUGUCUUCGUAGUGGACUGUGGCAGGGUGAAAGAGAACAGGAAGGAUGAGGUAAACGAAACGCCCACACUAGUGGAAUGCUGGGUGAGUCGGGCAUCAGCAAAGCAACGCAGAGGAAGAGCUGGCCGUGUCCGACCUGGAGUGGCGUAUCACAUGUACUCGAGCCACACCUACGAGCAUGAAAUGCAGGACUAUCAGUUACCCGAGAUGCUUCGAGUUGGUCUGGAGGAUUUGGUCUUGCAGAUCUUGAUUUUGGACUUGGGGGAGCCAAGCAACUUUCUCGGCAGAGCCCUCAAUCCACCUUCGGAACUAUCCAUGCGCAAUUCACUGAAGCUUUUGGAGGAACUUGGUGCAGUGGAAUGUACCUGGAAGGACGAUGAAAAUGGUGGAGGGAUGAAGCUGGAAGAACCCAAGCCAUCGUUGCUGCCCAUUCAAGAACAAGACGCCCAGACUGUCUCUUGUCGGGACAUGGACGUUGCAAGCGAGUUGACGGCUCUGGGUUUUCAUUUGGCAACCUUGCCCGUGGAUCCGCGCGUGGGAAAGAUGAUGAUAUACGGCAGUCUUUUUGGUUGCAUCGACCCCGCCUUAACCAUCGCGGCUUCAAUGUCUGCUAGGAACCCCUUCGUGGCCCCCUUUGACAAGCGCGAUGAAGCUGAUGCCGCCAGAAAGAACUUUGCCACCGAUGGUAGCGACCACCUUGCCAUUCUUCAAGCUUUCACUGCAUGGAAGGAGAAGCGACGCACCGAUGGCGACCGAGCCGCACAGCACUUUAUGCGUGACAACUUUUUGAGCCGACAAACCUUGUUCCAAAUGGAAGAUUUGCGCAAACAAUUUGCCAACCUGCUGGUGAGCAUUGGGUUCCUCCCUUCCAACUUCCGUUUGGCGGGCGCGAAAGGAGGAAAGAAUGGCAACAAUGAAAGCCAAGAAGAUAUUGGCGCGGCAAAUGGCAACGCGGACAACAUGGCUCUUGUCAAGGCUGUACUAUGCGCAGGUUUGUAUCCCAACAUUAUUGUGGCACCUCGUCCGUUGGUUUCUACUUCUCCAGAUCGAACGAGUGCAGACAAGGCAGCCGGAGAAGUAGCCUUUCAAAGCCUCAACAAGGGAGAUGUCUAUCUGCACCCUUGCACGAUUGCGUUUCGGGAAAAGAGACUGGAAAGCCGCUACUGCUGCUAUCACGAAAUGGUCAAGACUAGCAAGACAUAUGUACGAGAUUGCACGACCGUGAGUCCGUUUGCCUUGGUGUUGUUUGGCGGGACUUUGGUCGCCCAUCAAGACAAGGGUGUCGUGACGGUGGACGAUUGGUUGAAGUUUCGCAUCAAGCGACAAGCCGCGACACUGGUAAAGCACUUGCGUGCGCAGAUGGAAUCCAUGCUGCUGCGCAAGAUUGUGUCCCCCGAGCUGGAAGUCACGGACAGCCCCAUUGGCAAGGCAUUGAUCCAGUCCAUCAGUACAUUGUUGCGUCGUGAAAAAGCCGACAAGGCAGUGCGAACGGAUGGCGCCGAAAUUGUGAGACCCUGGAGGGGAGGAGAAAGAGACCCACAGCAAAAUCAGAAUCAGCGGAACGGUGGCAGAGGUAGAGGCGGCCGUGGACGAGGACGUGGUGGCAGAGGGCGAGGGCGAGGUUCACGAGGAGGAGGACGAGGACAGUAG